AUGUCACCACGGAAAAGACAACAAAGUAAAAAAUUGAAAGUUGCCAACGAUGGUAUUGCUAAAAAUUUCGAUCAACAAGGGCAACAGCAACAGCAUCAGCAUCAGCAUCAGCAGCAGCAUCAGCAGCAUCAGCAUCAGCAGCAACAGCAGCAGCAACAACAACAACAACAACAGCAGCAUCAGCAAAUGCAUGCAAAUUAUGAAUCACCGAAUGAUUUAACGAGUUUAGGUUGGCUUCACUCACUUAAUAUCCCUAAUAAUAACUCUAAUCCUACAUGUGAUCAGCAGCAGCAACAACAACAACAACUUCACCAAGCCAUGCAACACCAACAACCAUCUCCAGUAGAUAAUUGCCAAAUGAAUAAUCCAGAUUCCUACUUAGUAUCUCAUCCAGUAUCGAUAACAGCAGCAAUGCAACAAUCGAUCAUGACCAACGUUGCAGGCGUAUCGACUAGUUCCAUGCCCAUGCAACCAAUUAUUGUCCAUUCCGGUAUGAUCAAUAAUCGGCAUCACCAAAUUCAAAUGGAUCGAUGUAGUCCAGCAGCGGCGAUCGAUAACGUUGUCACUACUCCCAAGAAAAAUAUGAAUCCAAGUCCAUCCAAUAUUACUGACGAAAACAACCCUUUAGGGCCAAUCCAACAGCAAAUAUAUGUCAAUGACAACAAUUGCAACAAGAAUUGCAUCACUAAUGUACCAAUUAAAGAUGUCGAUUCAAUUGGACAUAACAAUGCCAAUAAAUCAAAUAUGGAACGUCCUUGGCCAAAACCAGUGUAUUCCUAUUCUUGCCUCAUUUCGAUGGCGUUGAAAAAUAGCAAUAGUGGAAAAUUACCUGUCAGCGAUAUUUACAAGUAUAUCCAAGAGAACUUUCCAUACUUUCUAACUGCACCUGAUGGAUGGAAGAACUCCGUAAGACAUAACUUAUCUCUAAAUAAAACAUUUAUGAAAAAAGAAAGGCCUGAAGGAACGUCACACAAAAAAGGCAGUCUAUGGGCCAUGUCACCCGAUCGCCUCGAAAUUAUCGAGAAAGAAAUAGAUAAAUUGCAAAAGAAGUACGCUGACGACAUCCGAGCAAGCAUGAAAUACCCAGAGUUAUUCGAUUGUUUGUGGCAAAAGAGUGGCUCGAAUAAAAGCAUAGGAGAAAACAAUGUUAAAAUAAGUAAAGACCACGAGAGCGAGCAUAAGAGAGGAAUGAACAAUAAUAAUAAUAAAAUUGGUGAAAUGAAAGAUAUUAAUUAUGCCAACAUACCUAGUUAUGAUAUAAUUUCAGAACACCAUAAUUAUAUCGGCGCAAGUCAUAAUGCAACCAUGCCAGGCUCAUUUAGUCACGAUAUUCAAGUCAGCAAUAACUAUAAUAUGUUCAAGACUGAAUGUAGACCUUUGACGCCUAGCUUAUAUGCCAUAGAUAGCCAGCAAAUGGUACCUGAAGUUGAAAUGGAUAUACAAGAUAACAUGACAGCCGAAGAGGCAGCGCGCGAGCUUUUCGGACAAGAUUUAUUCCUUAGCUCAGCUUCACCACACAACGAUUCCGAUACCAUUGCCACUGAUGAAAUUUAUAAUCAAAUUGCAGCCGAAGAAAGUAAAACUGAUUACCUUAAUAACAGCCUAAAUCGGUUAAAUUCGGAAUUGAUAGCCCAGCUUAAUAGUGACGACGACGAUCUAUGGAUGGGAACUAGUACAUUAGGAGAUUUACAAGCAAAAUAA